AUGUUUGAAAUUGAAGAGUCACCAUUUACUCGAUUUAUGAAAGAGCAACAACAAGAAACCGAAAAAGAGCAAGAACAAAUUUCUCAAACUAAACGAUUAAAAAGAAAUGCCGUACCACAACAACAUCAACAAUCAAAGACUAAAGUAGAAAAAUUAGCAGAAAUUCAAAUGAAUGUACGUUUAAAAUUAAAUUAUGAUGAAAUUAAAUCAUUUAUUUAUAAUGAAUUAAAUCAAAUAGAUAAUAAUUUAGAAAUUAUUGAUGAUAUAAGAUUAAAAACAUUAACUUUAUUUCAAAUAUUUACGUUAAUACUAACAAGUAAACCAGUUGAUAUGAGUCAAUCAAUUGAACGAACAAUUUAUCGUCCAAAUUUUUAUAUAAAAAUAAAUGAUGCAUUUGGUCCAUUUAAUUUUAAUUAUUUAUUAGAUUUAUUUGACAUUGAUUAUUCUCCAAGACAAGAAGAACAACAAUUUCCAUAUGUAUGGCAAACAACAUAUGACACAAAAGUACAUGUAAAAAUAUGGGAUAUAAAACCACAGUAUGAACGUCAAAAUAGUUCAACAACAACAACAACAAAUACUAACGAUAAUGAGACAUUACUUGGUCUAUUAAAAAAAAUAUGUCGACAAAAUGCAUAUGAUGAUUCAACAGCAGAAAAUUUACUUAAAUGUUUAGAAGGUAAAGAUAGAAAUUAUUUUGUUUAG